AUGUUGACACUUAAGACGUGACGACACUAACUUGUUAUCAAUCUCUUUAUUUAUGUGGAUAGAUUAUGGUUAAUUUAACUACAGUAAGCAAAAUGUGUGAAUCGAUUAAUUACAGUCAGAUCCUAAGAACGGUUUUCGGAAAAUGUGUAGAGUCAGUCAAGCCCAAGUCAUUGCUAAAUUCACAGAAAAUCGAAUUGAUUUUACCGAAUACUGUUCGCGUUGGAGAUGAGUACAUUGAUAUCACAAAUCGAAAGUGCCAUCUAGUUGGGUUCGGUAAAGCGGUUUUAGGAAUGGCAGUUCAAAUUGAGCGUAUAUUCGGCAACACUUUAGUUUCGGGAAUAUUGAGUGUACCACUUGGAACUGCAAAAAGAUUUGCAGCGGAUGCAGACAUGCAACUUCGCAAGGAAAGUGUAAUCAAGGUCUUCGAGGGUGCUAGAGACAAUAUGCCAGAUGAAAACGCGUUAUCAACGGCUAGAAGCAUUUAUGAAUAUGUUGAACGGUUGACCGACGACGACGUUCUUUUCGUUUUAAUAUCUGGUGGUGGAAGUGCACUACUUCCCAUUCCUGCAGAUCAAAUAAAGUUAGAUGAAAAAGUCCAAGUAAUACAAAAGUUGGCACGUUCAGGUGCCACUAUCAACGAACUGAACAUUGUCAGAAUAAGGAUGUCAUCUAUCAAAGGCGGAAAAUUAGCGUUAGCUGCACGUAGAGCUCAUAAAGUGGUUUCGCUAAUCAUUUCCGAUAUUUGUGGCGAUCCGAUAAAUUUAAUUGCGAGCGGUCCUACAUUGAUCCAAGACAUUGAAAAGGAAAAGGCUGAACAAAUUCUACAAAAAUAUAAUUUGAUAGAGUCGGUACCUAAGUCUGUGCUAAAAUGUUUGUCGACAUCAACGCAUUCCGAUUCGAACGCCCUCCUAGGAAAAUCUUUGGUGCAAGUUAUAGGAAAUAACAGCGUGGCGAUUAACGUCGGCAUACAAGAAUUGAAUAACCUUAAGAUUCGCGGCAUUUGUAUGUCGAAGCGCCUCGAAGGAGAUGUUUCAGUGCUUAGUGUACUCUAUUGUAAGAUUGCUGAAGCGGUAUAUAAGUUGAAUUCCGGUCAAAUAGAUCGGGAACGUUUCCAGCAUUUACUUGACUCUUUAGAGGAAACGUUAAAGUAUGUGGAAGGCUUCAGCAUCGAACUCACAAAUGCGGUCCUGGACAGAACGAACAAAAAUGCAAUAUGCAUAAUAUCAGGCGGUGAACCGACUGUGACUGUAAGAGGUGUUGGAAUCGGUGGAAGAAAUCAGGAAUUGGCUUUGAGAAUGGCUACUGAAAUAGAGAAAAAUCCAAUGCUUCGUGACAUAGUCUUUUUAUCAGGUGGAACGGACGGUAUAGAUGGUCCUACUGACGCCGCUGGAGCCAUUGGCUCGUUACAUGUGGCCAACGAUUGUCGUGAAUGGGAAAAUGGCAGCGCAGAGAAGUACCUAGAGAACAACGAUUCGUAUAAUCUCUUCAAAAAGUUAUGUGAUGGCAAAUACCAUAUCAAAACUGGCCACAGUGGAACUAAUGUCAUGGACCUACAUUUUUUGAUUAUUCCGCUGACUAAUAAAGAAUAAGAAGAACGAC